AUGAUCUUCUCUCGACCCAAACUUGCUAAUAAUAACUUGGCGGCAAUGGUUGCCUCGCUGGCCGGGCCUCUUCACCUCCCCCAGCCCAAUGGCAAGUUGUCACAUCAGGGCAAAGAUGCAUGGAAAGGGGGGAACCUCGGUCACAUUGACAGAGACCACUUGCGCUUUGCCCACUUUGGUUGUUCGUCUUUCCGACUUGACAGGUCGCCAAGCAGGCGAAAGGCCAGCCGAUCCCCUAAUUUUGGCCCAGGUCUUGCUUCUGAAACGGCCUUGUGGGAGGCUAGGCCGGACUCUCUGCCAGAGUCAACUGGUCCUUGUCGACCAUGCAGCGCUUCAAAGUUCCACGUCCUUUCGCAAAGGUGUCGAUCAUCUUGGACUGUUUGCCUUUUCUUCUGCCAGAUUGGCGAGCUACUUCGUUGCUUGGCAAAUAUACGGCAUCAUCACCUGCCAAUGGACCCUAUGCUCUGCGAGAGCUUCACUGUUGUUGCAAGAGUGAAUGUUAUUCCAUCGUGGCGCAUCAGUUUCUGUCCCAAGUGCUGUCCGGCACAAUAUGUUCUACCAAAGCCCCUCCGCCUCGAUGAUGGCCAAAGCUUGAGAUGGAAAGAGAAACGCACCACUAUUCUCAAGCGGAAUUCCAAUUGGGGUAUUUUGAUGGAAGACAGCCUCACCGUAAAAAUGGGUUCUGGCCCCUGUUAUCAGUCCUGUCGGCAGGACGGGACGAUCAAGCAACCAUGGCUGUGGUUUCAGAUGCUCAGGUCGGGCUGGCAUUGCAAAACACGCCAUAGGCGGUACUCUGAGCCUGGCAUUGACCACACUAUGGUGGAUCGCGAGUCCAUCCUCCAUCUUCAGCAGUGA